AUUUCUUUUUGUUCUUCUAUUUAUUUCAAAUACUAACAAAAUUAACAUCUACAUUUGUAAAGAGUAACUCUUAAAAGUAAAAUUAUAAUAUGUCAUACAUUUGUUAUUUUUGUUUGAAAGUGUAAGUUUACAAUAUUACUUCUAAAAAAUUUGAUUUUUUUUAUUUGUGAAACUAAUCGUGGAAUAAUCUAAACUCAUAACCUAAUAAAUAAAUAAAAAAUAUUAAUAUCUACUAUACUAUUUAUUGAUAUAGUUUCAGCUUUUACAUGAACUCUACAGAGUAUGUACUACUUGCAAUUUGUAGUAUUAGAUAUAACACUUGAAAUCACACGUCGUAUUAGUUGAACAAACUCACUGCAAACUCGCUCACCAUGCAGUUACCAUGAUCAGUUAAUUUGGUGGAAAACAACACACGCAUGUCCAAAACUAAACCUUUUAAAUCGCUUAAACAAACCUUAUCGGAUACUAUGAGAGACUAUAUUUGAGCGUCCCAUCAAUCCAUUCUCCAAAACCCCCCCAAAAAAGAACAAGAAAGAUAUUAGAAGACAUGAGAGCUAUUCAAACUUAUGUGACACUCUUCUUCAUCUUAGUCAUAAUCACAACAACAUCAACAGGAGCCCAAAAGAGUCCUCAUCAUGGAAACAACCAUGACCUCUCUAUCGCCAUAGAAGAAAUGGAGAAAGCAAACUACUUCUCUUUCGUGAUGCUCAUCAACAUGUUACACUCCACAAACCCUAGACUCCUAGCCAAUAUCACAUUCUUGAUGCCAAGGGACAAACCCCUUUCAAGAUCAAACAUUAUCCAACAAGAUUCUAUCUCUGACUUCUUGCUUCGCCACUCGAUCCCUUCCCCUCUUCUUUUCGAACAUCUCAACCUCAUCCCCAACGGCUCCAUUGUUCCGUCCUCUUUACCACAUUACACCCUCAAGAUCACAAACGGUGGAAGAUUAAACUACUUCCUCAACAAUGUCAAGAUCAUAAGCCGCAAUAUAUGUAGCUUAGGUUCUAUCAAGUGCCAUGGCAUCGACGGUAUAUUACCAUCUCCAAGUGCUAUCAACGACGAUUCUCCUCGUGAUAAUCACACUUCGCCUUUCAUUUCUUGCCCUAGCAGCCACAACAAUAGUGAACACGAUAGUCCUCAUGACAAUAGUGAACACGAUAGUCCUCUUAACAAUAGUAGUAAUCACAAUAGUUCUCGUCCUGAUGAUCAUACUCAUACUCAUGUUGCUCCUUCUCCGACCAGCAGUCCGACUCUUGUGCCAAAAUCAGAUUCUUCUACGAUUCGUGAGGGAGAUACGUCAGGUUUUGUCGUCCUUCUCGGAUUGCUAUCGUGCGUGAUGGGCAUAGCAAUGGCCAUGUAAAGUUUAACUCCGCGGACAGCACGGAUAACACCUACUAAUGUGUAACAGUAUUCACUUGUUAUAGUUUUUAUAUAUAUGUAACAACAAGAAAAUAUGAUCUAUUCAUAUAUUGUAACCAAUUCAAAUAUGUUUUUAGUUCUUAUAUUCCUUUAAAAGAUCUUCUUUAUAAAACAAUUCGUAUUUAUUUAUUCAAACGUAUGGCUGACUAAAAA